AGAGAGAGAGAAGAAGAAGAAGCAAACGCAGCGGACUCUAAUUCGGGUGAACUUCAUAACGGGCUUUGUGGAAAUAUUUUCCGACGCUACGCCACCAACCCAGCCAACCGAGAGCGCACCCUGGUAGGGAGCAGCCACCGAAAGGUGUCCAUCUCGGAAGAUUCACGCUUCACUUCCGUGCAAAAGCGGCAACAACUACAACAACAACAACGACAAUGUGCCGAACCGGACCGCGACCAUGAGGGUCGCUGGCCUGUGCCACCGAUCGACGCGUGUCUCGGUGGAUCGCCGAAUUUUCGGAGGUAUAUAAGCCACCGGCCAUAGCCUUCCAAAAUCAGUUCUUUCUCUGGUCUCGCUAUCUCUGGUACUAGUGUAGGUGCGAAGAAAAGUGUACGCAAAAUCAGCGCGAUUGGUCAACCGACAGUGCACAAUGCGUAUGUUUAUUAUCCCUUGCUGCCUGGCCCUGCUGGUGGCACUGGCCACUGCUGAGGGAAAUGCUGCAUCGGAACAGCAGGCGGCCGCCGAAAAGAGAAGCGUAGAAGCUGAGCCAAAGGAUUCUCAACGUCUUGAGAAACGAGGAGCAUCGCUGGACGAAUGGAGCCAACUUUCCCACGGUUACGCUGACCAGCACAGCUACCAGCAGUAUCAGCCCCAGCUGCAGUAUCACCACCAGCAGCAGCAUCAUCAUCACGUGAAGUACGAGGAACCGAUCAAGACGAUUACGAUCGAGAAGAAGAUCCCGGUCCCGUACACGGUGCACAAGCAUUUCCCCUACACGGUCGAGAAGAAGGUCCCGUACGAGGUGAAGGUACCGAUCCCAAAGCCAUACCUGGUUGAGAAGAAGGUCCCGGUGCACAUCAAGGAGUACGUCAAGUAUGCCGUCCACGUUCCAGAACCCUACACCGUCUACAAGAAGAUCCCGUACGAGGUGAAGGUCCCAGUAGACAAGCCGUACGAAGUGAAAGUCCAUGUCCCGAAGCCGUACAUUGUCGAAAAGAAGGUCCCGUACGAGGUGAAGGUUCCGGUUCCGGUUCCGGUGACCGUCGAAAAGAAGGUGCCGUACGAGGUGAAAUACGAGGUGGCCGUCCCGAAACCGUACACCGUCUACAAGAAGGUCCCGUAUGAGGUGAAGGUCCCAGUUGACAAGCCAUACAAAGUCGAUGUCUUGAAGCCGGUGAAGGUGGAAGUGCUGAAGCCGUACCCGGUGGUCGUCGAGAAGAAGGUCCCGUACGAGGUGAAGGUGCCAGUUGACAAGCCGUACGAGGUGGAAGUACCGCGCCCGGUAAAGGUUGCCGUCAAAGUGCCAGUUCCGGUGCCGUACACGGUCGAGAAGAAGUUCCCGUACACGGUGGAGAAGGCAGUGCCAUACGAGGUGAAAGUGCACAUUGAUCGCCCAGUGCCCGUCUACAAGGAGGUGAAGUUUGCCGUCCACAAGGAAGUUCCGGUGCCAGUGAAGGAGAAGGUUAUUGUGCCAGUGCCAGUUAGCGAAAAGAAGCCGGAAGCUGAGUACCACCAGGAGCAGCACCAGGAAGUUCAGCAUGAACAGCAGCAUCAAGUCCAGUACGAGCAUCAGCAUCAGCAGCAGCAGCAGGAGCAUUUCUACCACGAUCAGCCCCAGGCGCUGGCUUACCACCAGGAACCUCAAUCCUACCACGAGGAAGCUGCCCAUGCCGCUUACCAGCAGGAGGUCCAGCACCAGCAACAGCAGCAGCAGCUGCAUCAGCAACAUCAGCAGCAACUGCAGCAGCAGCAUCAGCAGCAUCAGCAGCAGCUGCAGCAGCAGCAUCAGCAACAGCAGCAGCAGCAGCAGUUCCAUCACCAGCAGGAACAACAGUAUCACCAGUACCAGCAGCACCAGCAGCAGAUAUACAACGCUCACCAGCAGCAGCAGUACCAGCAGCAGGAGCAAAACCAUCACCAGCAGCAUUACGAAUCGCACUAAACGUUCCUUGCCCGAGUGCACGAGCAUGUGUGUGCUGUUUGGAAUCGCCGACGGAAGACUGCCAGACUGAUCGCGAUCCGGAAUGAUGUGAUAAUGUUUCUUUACCCUUUAAGUAUAGCUGCCUCGUGACGCUUUGCAACGGUUACGCGAGAUCGGAGGAACCCGGUUUGGCUUAUCCCUCUAACGCCCCACAGAUGUCGAAAGAGUCCUUCGUUUCUCGCACACUCGUUACUGUGUGUGCUUUACAGUUUAAGAGAAAGACGGCUGCCGUAUAGUCGCAGUCGCAAUGCGCGUUCGCAAUUCAGCAAAAGGGAACGCGGCCAACGAGAAAAAUCUUGAAAUGAUCGGAUGCACAAACGCGACACAUCUCGGCCAACCUUCUCAGCAUAAUCGGUCCCGGUUCGGAACGGAUGCAUCCAAAAGGACUGGGAAUGCAUUCCUACUACGAAUGGGACCAGUUUCGGGAGAAGCGAGAUGGGUGGGUUUGUCGAUAUUUGCAUCAAGUUGUUGUUAGUUGUUGUAUUGAAUGACUGAAAAAUUAAAACAGAUAAAAAGGAAAACAAAUAUAAACAAAAAAAAAGUUAUGAUCACAAA